AGCUCCAUUAAAUGUUUCGUAUCGAUCUGAUCUUUAUGUUUAAAAAUCAAGAAGUGCAUUUGUGGAAAUAAACACCUGCCGUGUUAUUAUUUUGGCGUCUCAUUCCAGGAAGGUCAGCCUGUGUAUUCAUUAAAAAGUACCUUGCCUAAGCAUGCUGUCGGACACAGAUUGUGGGGGUACGGGGUCUUGCGGUCGGUCGCGGGGGAAGAAGCGACCUGCAUCGGUGGUCACGGAUAAUUCAGCUGGAGAAAAUCAUUCCGUGCGUUCAUCACGACAGGGGGCUAAUAUCAGAGGCAAACGAAGCAACAGCACCCCCACAGUGCAGGGCAGUACCAAAAGAAAAACGACGGACACAGAAGAAGAAGAAGAACAGACAGAGAAGCGGUUCAGGAGGUGUGAGAAGGCAGGCUGCGCCGCCGCGUACCCCGUGUGUUUCGCCAGUGCCUCAGAAAGGUGCGCAAAAAACGGCUAUACAUCGCGAUGGUACCACUUAUCCUGUGGAGAACACUUCUGUAACGAAUGCUUUGACCAUUACUACAGAAGCCAUAAGGAUGGUUAUGAGAAGUAUUCCUUGUGGAAGAGGUUGUGGACAGGGAACGGGAAGAGUGAACCCAGUGUGAAAGCCUUCAUGUCCGACCAGCAGCUUCCGUACUGGGUGCAGUGCACGAAACCAGACUGUGGAAAGUGGAGACAACUUACCAAAGAGAUCCAGCUAACCCCUUCACUGGCCUUGGCGUACUGCUGCGGCAUGAAGCUCAGCAACGUUAAAAGUGAAGGUCCAGAUCAGUGUUCUCAGCCUGAAGACUUGAGAGUGGCUGGGGUGCUGGACAGUUGGUGGUCCUCCAUGCUAAUUCUGCCUCCCCUGUUGAAGGAGAGCCCUGCCAGCCCUUUCCUCAGUGCCUACUACCCCGAUUGUGUGGGCAUGAGCCCAUCUGGCUCCGCGCACAGCAACCUGCGUCCUGAGCAGCGACGUACUAUCCAGCCGCAGGUCCCGAGUCUGAACCCAUACUUCCAGCCUUUCUACCAGCCCAGCGAGUGUGGGAAGGCUCUGUGUGUGCGUCCGGAUAUGAUGGAGUUGGAUGAACUGUACGAGUUCCCUGAGUUUUCCCGGGACCCCACCAUGUACCUGGCCCUGCGCAACCUUGUCCUGGCUGCCUGGCACAGGGACUGCAAGGAGCCUCUGACAGGUGCAGAAGUUGCUCCCCACGUGAUCGUGCGGGGCCUGGUGCGCGUGCGAUGCGUCCAGGAGCUGGACAAGGUUCUGCCCUUCAUGACCCGGAAGGGUUUGGUCAACACUGGAAUACUGCAGACCAAUCAGCCUCUUCUGCCGGAGCCCUACCACAAUAAGAAGGUAUUGGUGAUUGGAGCAGGAGCUUCUGGCCUUGCUGCGGCAAGGCAGCUGAAGAACUUUGGCUUGCAGGUGGUGGUGGUGGAGGCGAGGGAGCGAAUAGGAGGACGAGUUUGGGACGACACAUCACUGGGCGUCACCGUGGGACGUGGGGCACAGAUCGUCAACGGCUGUGUCAACAACCCCAUAGCUCUAAUGUGCGAACAGCUGGGCGUGAAGAUGCACAAACUCAGUGAGCGUUGUGAGAUCCUCCAGGACCGUGGCCAGUCCACAGAUCCAGCCGUAGACAAGCGCAUGGACUUCCACUUCAACGCCAUCCUGGACGUCGUCUCCGAGUGGAGGAAGGACAAAACGCAGAACCAGGAUGUCCCACUGGGGGAGAAGAUCCAGGAGGUGUACAAGACGUUUCUGCAGGAGUCAGGCCUUCGGUUCAGUGAACUGGAGGAGAAGGUACUCCAGUUCCACCUCAGUAAUCUGGAGUAUGCCUGUGCAAGCCCUCUGGACCAGGUGUCUGCUAGAUCGUGGGACCAUAAUGAGUUUUUUGCGCAGUUCACUGGUGAUCACACGCUGCUGACCCAGGGCUACUCCACCCCACUACACCACCUGGCUCAAGGCCUCGACAUCCACUUCAAUAGGCCGGUAGAGGCAAUCGAUUACUCAGGCAACGUUGUGAAAGUUACCACCUCAAACGGAACACGGUACACUGCUCACAAGGUGUUGGUGACGGUUCCGUUAGCUCUCCUGCAGAACAACACCAUCCAGUUCAACCCUCCUCUGCCGGACAGGAAGCUGAAAGCCGUACAUAGCCUUGGUGCAGGCGUGAUAGAGAAGAUAGCACUGCAGUUCCCCCACAGGUUCUGGGAUGCUAAGAUCCAAGGAGCUGAUUAUUUUGGCCAUGUUCCACCCAGUCCGGAGAAGAGAGGCUUGUUCAGUGUGUUUUAUGAUAUGACUCCUCAGGGAGACCAGUGCGUGCUGAUGUCUGUGAUCACAGGACAAGCUCUGACGAUGAUCCGGGAUCUACAAGAUGCACAGGUGGUGAACCUCUGCAUGACUGUCCUGCGGGAACUCUUUAAGGAACAGGAGGUUCCGGAUCCAGUAAAGUACUUCGUUACACACUGGAGUCAGGACACAUGGUCACGGAUGACAUACAGCUUUGUGAAGACGGGGGGUAGCGGGGAGGCCUAUGAUGUCAUCGCUGAAGAUGUGCAAGGGAAGGUCUUCUUUGCAGGCGAGGCUACAAACCGGCACUUUCCUCAGACAGUAACAGGCGCGUAUCUAAGUGGAGUACGAGAGGCCAGCAAAAUCGCAGCGCUGUGAUGCUCCGCGCAGGUGCUGGCAGGACCGAAAUGUCCCGUCACAGCCUGGUUCUUUUGGUACAGAAAUAACCAGAGGAAACAAGCCACCAUUUCUCCGACCUCUAGCCAUCCCGUCCUGGAAUAGGACUAGGACAGAGUUAGGGGGUGGGUGGAAUUAGGAACCUGAGAAUUAGUGUGUUUAUCCUUUCUGGAUUGGGCAAGGAUUAGAUGUUUCAGUUCUUGAUUGUACAUUAUCAUACAACUUUUCUUGAUUUUAUUCCAUGGUUGAGUUUAAUGCAGUGAGGGUUCUCAGAUCAUCACCCUUGGAAGUCCAUCUGUACGCUUGUUUCCACUGUAGGGCUGGACGAUUCUGAGUACCGAUAGUAACUGUUCCAAUCGUAUUUCCACACAAACACGGUUCUGCACGGAACUCUUGCAAACCAUGCUCAGCAGGGGUACUGAACCAUGCUCAAAGACACAACCAUUUGGGUUGGAUGGCUUAAUGACAGUAUUCACUGAUUGGUUCUACAUGUUUCCUCUCAUCUCAUUUGCAUAUAACGUUUAUCGCCAGGUUGCACAAUUUUGCAGUCUUCUGCCCAAAAGUACAAAUCACGGCCGAGUGGUGAGCCCUCUACCGUUGUUACCACACAGUUGCUGAUGAAUUUCAAUGUGUUUGUUGUCGUUUCAACUUGACCCACAUUUCAUAUUCAAUCAAUGAAAGUGACGUUAUGUGAUUGCUGUCCGUCCUCCAGUGCAUUCGGUGCAGUGGCCGAAGCCCAAGCGAGAACUCGGGAGGCAGACAGCCAAGGUGUUUCUUCUUUGUCCCGCAAUCGAAUAUUAUUUCUAACAAUCGAUUGUCUAGUGUGGUUUUUUAAUGAUUCGAUUAUAUAAUUGAAUAUAGAAUAUUGGUUGAAGGCAGUAAAGAAAACCUAGCACCAGCACACUCUUCCUGGCCCUGAUUUCCAGCUUCAGGAUUCCCGAACGACCCGCUAUGGCUUGGGAACCUGGUUGUUCCUACUUCAGUGAACAUAGAUUUACAUUUUACUGCUCUCUGUUUUGCUGAUCCCGGGUAGUUUUGUCCUUCAAAGGAAACAUGACAAUAUUGACCUGAAGUGUCUGGAAAAUUGUACUCUUGUGUAUUUGCAUUAAAUUUUCUAUUGACCCCCCCAACUAAGAACAACUGGAUAUUGUAAAAGUAGAAUUUUUGCAUGAUGAUUUGGCUCUGACACAAAGUUACUACAUACAGAGUCAGGACAAGUUCAUAUGAAUUUAAAAUAUUUACUGUACUUAAUUAUGAUCUCUUGAUAUAGCUUCAUUAAAAGUUAAUAUAUGCAUACUGUAAAUAGUCUGGAAUUUGUCUUGUACCCUAUCUUUGCCUUCUUUUGUAACAAAUUUUGAAGCCCCCUCCCCCAAUCUCCCUAAUGGAAAAAUAAAUCUGCGUAAAUGUUGCGCAUUUGUGAAAUA